AUGAUGACCCGUACCCUCUGCUUGAGCUGCUGCCUCUUGCUGCUACUGCUGUCCCUCUCCUGCCCCGCUCGUGCUGAACCCCGCCGGACCACGUCUAACCAGCGCAGGUCGGCUCGUGCGCCGCCCGCCAAGGUGCGUCUGAUGGGCAACUUUGCACGAGAACCGUACGAGGGACGCGUGGAGGUCCUGCACAACAAUACCUGGGGGACUGUCUGUGAUGACGAAGUGGACAUCAAACUGGCCAACGUGGUGUGUCGGGAGCUUGGUUUCCAGGGUGGUAUAACGUGGGCGCACAGCGCCAAGUAUGGUGAAGGAGCAGGCCCAAUAUGGAUGGACAAUGUACGCUGUGACGGCUCUGAGAAGUCCUUGAAGGACUGCAAGCACAAUGGCUGGGGGGUGAAUGACUGUAAACAUUCUGAAGACUUGGGAGUGGUGUGCACCCCUGAACGCAGGCUGGAUCAGACAACCAGUAGAGGCCAAAGCAACGCCAUAAGGCCCAAUGUUAGCCCUGCACCACAAUGGCAAGGCCUCGUGGCUUCCCGCAGGCAUCCAGGAUACAACUAUCAUGGAAACGGACAUCCGCAAGAGGUCCCCAGGUUUCAACGACAUCACCAGCACCAGGGUAAGGUGCAAAUUGAGGAGGUGCGUCUUCGGCCCAUCCUCAUGGCCACCAAAAGGAAGAGCCUGGUUACAGAGGGUGCGGUGGAAGUGAAGCACGCUGGGAGAUGGAGGCAGGUGUGUGACUUGGGUUGGAGUCUCAACAGCAGCAGAGUUGUGUGCGGGAUGCUUGGCUUUCCAGAGGCUAUCCCUCACAAUGUGAGAACAUACAAGAAAAUAUGGGAUACCAAAGUUGCAGAUCCUUCAACAAGACUGAGCAUUAUGGCAAAGAAGAAGGGAUUCUGGGUAGAAAAAGUACACUGUCUGGGCAGCGAGAACAGCCUGUCAGAGUGUCAUGCGCAGCUGUCAAUCCCCCGUAGCCCCACACCCUGUAAGAACGGGAGACAUGCAGUGGUCAAAUGUGUUGCUGGACCUCAGUUUGCUCGCAUCUCCUCAGGAAGACCCCAGGCCCCUUAUCCAGUUGUGCCUGUGCGUCUGAAGGCCGGCCCAAGGCUGGGCGAAGGUCGUGUGGAGGUGCUCCGAGAAGGAAAAUGGGGGACCAUUGUGGACCACAUGUGGGAAAGAAAUGCAGCCAGUGUGGUUUGCAGAGAGCUGGGCUUCGGUACUGCCAAGGAUGCUCUGCAUGGAGCCUUUAUGGGUCAAGGUACAGGACCUAUCCACAUGAACAGUGUCCAGUGUAUGGGGACAGAACGCUCCAUCCUAGACUGCUAUUUCCAGGAAGUCCAACCGUGGACAUUCAAACACAGCCAGGAUGCCUCAGUACGCUGUAAUGUCCCUAAGACUGGCAUAGAGAACAUGGUGCGGUUGGCUGGUGGUAGACUCCCAUCAGAAGGCCGGGUCGAGGUUUUGAUGGAGGUUGGGGGCCGUAAGCGUUGGGGUUCUGUCUGCAGUGAGAACUGGGGCAUCAAUGAAGCCAUGGUGGUGUGCAGACAGCUGGGUCUGGGUUUUGCUGCCAGUGCACAUCAGGAGACCUGGUACUGGUCCGGUGACCCAAAUGCAGCUGAAGUGAUUCUUAGUGGAUCUCACUGUGUCGGCACAGAGCUUUCGAUUCAACAGUGUCGCCGCAACAACCAUGUCCACUGCCCUCGAGGAGGUGAAACUAAGGCCGCUGGAGUCAGCUGCUCAGACACCGCACCUGACCUUGUUCUGGAUGCCCAACUGGUCCAGGAGACAGCCUACCUGGAAGACAGACCCCUCCACCUGCUGACCUGUGCACAUGAGGAGAACUGUCUGUCCUCUUCCGCUGCCAGGAUGAACUGGCCCUAUGGCCAUCGACGCCUGUUGCGCUUCUCAUCACGCAUUAUGAACCUGGGCAGAUCCGAUUUCAGACCAAAAGCAACAAAGGAUAGCUGGACAUGGCACCAGUGUCACAGGCACUACCACAGCAUUGAGGUGUUCACACAUUACGACCUGCUGACUCUGAAUGGCACCAGGGUUGCAGAGGGACACAAGGCCAGUUUCUGUCUGGAGGAUACUUACUGCCCUGACGGACUCCAGAAGCGGUUCUCCUGCUACAACAUGGGUGACCAAGGUAUCUCUGUGGGCUGCUGGGACACCUAUCGCCACGACAUCGACUGUCAGUGGGUUGACAUGACAGAUGUACGGCCAGGAGACUACAUCUUCCAGGUGGAAGUAAACCCCUCAAUGGACAUGGCUGAGUCUGACUUCAUGAACAAUGUCAUGAGAUGUCGGUGCAAGUACGAUGGCCACAGAGCUUACAUGUACGGAUGUCAUGCAGGAGACGCAUACAGUGCAGAGAUUGAAGACCUGUUUGAGCACCAGCGGCAAAUCACCAACAACUUUGUGUAG